AUGACAAGUUACCCAGAGAUCCCAACUGAGCAUGCGAUAGAGGAGCAUCUGGUGCUCAUUAGUGACAGGAAUCAGCUUUUUCACUACCAACCCUGGCAGUUCUUUGCCUCCUCCAAGAGAGAUUGUAUUGAGCGUUUUGGACAGAGGACCAUUGAGAGGAUCAACAAUGAUGACGACGUCAUUUGCACUACCGAAUACUCACGUAUAGUCCCGCUGGAAAAUGGAGAGGUCGUGGUGUCCUUGGUGAACGGUCGGCCCGGGGCGAUGAACUUCUCCUACUCACCAGUGCUGAGGGAGUUCACCAAGGCCACCCACAUCAGGCUUCGCUUCCUGAGAACCAACACGCUGCUGGGACACCUGAUGGGCAAAGCGCUCCGUGACCCCACUGUCACCCGCAGGUAUUACUACAGUAUCAAAGACAUCAGUAUUGGAGGACGCUGUGUGUGUAACGGACACGCUGAGGCCUGCAACGCAGAGGACCCCAACGACCCCUACAAGCUACUGUGUGACUGUCAGCACAACACCUGUGGCGUGUCUUGUGACCAGUGUUGCCCUGGAUACAACCAGUUACCAUGGAGACCGGCCACGACCUACAGCGCCAACGAGUGUGAACGUGAGUACGGCCUGAUACUGUGCACCGACUCUCACACUCCAGCAUAUAUGGAAGAACCCGUGCUUGUUCUCACACACACACACACACACAUAAUCAGUGAUCCCAGCAGAGGAAUGUGUUUUCUUUCAUGCGUUGGUUCAACAGAACUAGUUGGCCUUAAUUUACUGAAGCUGAACAGACACAUGGGCUGCAGUGCUGCUCCUACUGUAGCUUCACACACGCACAUCAGAAGAGUGUCUCUAGAAAAUGCUUUAUGGUUUUGAAAAAAAAUGCUUCAGGCCUCCUGGUUAAAUAUACAUACAUUCAAAUAUAUGCUACUCAUGCUCAAUAGAUUUUGAAUAUCUCCAUUAUUUUCAUGCCAUAUUUGUGCUGGGAGAUGAUGCCUCUCCAUUUGGAGAUGUUCCACCUGCGAGUAGAUCCACACAGCACUGAUGGUGUGGUGUGAAGUUAUUACAGAGGAAAGAUAUAUGGAAAACACCUCUUGGCUCCGCAGUUAAUGAUUGGAUUACUCAGGCUGGAUGAAAAGCAUUGCAUGGGAAUCAUUUAUUAACGGGCCCUGAUAAUGGGAGCCAUAGGAACCACUGUUCUUUAAGAGCCUUUUCCUAGUUUUCCUCUUUUUCAUACACUCAGUUUUUCUCUUUUUACUUGUGGUCUUGUAUUUAACUUCUUCCUAACCCCUUGUUUUGAGUUUUUAGUAAUUAAUUUUAUU